GCCGUCUCCCGGAGACCUUUUCCGGGAGCUUGCUAGAGUGAAAUCGUUGCUCUGUCAGCGGUCUGGGGACCACGCAGAUUCGACGCAGAGGACAACCUGCGAUUCCGAGUCAGGGUUGGGUUGGGUUCUCCGCCGCCCCGACCCCGGAGCCUCUCUAGAGAUGCGCUUUGGCGCAAGGCCCGCCCACUGCACUCGCUGAGCCACCGCUUCCGCCCUCCCUGCCCUCGAAGCAAGAUGGCUGAGGAGCAGGAGUCUGCGCUGCAGCUCCCUCCCUCAACUGCCCCCGAAGCUGAAGUGCCUGCCGAGGUCUCCCCAGAAACAGCCACUCCGGAGCCCCCUUCUUCUGCUGCAGUCUCUCCGGGAACAGAGGAACCUGUCGGUGACACCAAGAAAAAAAUUGACAUUCUGCUAAAGGCUGUGGGAGACACUCCUAUAAUGAAAACAAAGAAAUGGGCUGUGGAGCGAACCCGAACCAUCCAAGGACUCAUUGACUUCAUCAAAAAGUUCCUUAAACUUGUGGCUUCAGAACAGUUGUUUAUUUACGUGAAUCAGUCCUUUGCCCCCUCCCCAGACCAGGAAGUUGGGACCCUCUAUGAGUGUUUUGGCAGUGAUGGUAAACUGGUCCUGCAUUACUGCAAAUCUCAAGCAUGGGGAUGAACUACAGCGGAAAAGAUUGAAAUCUUCACAAAGGAAACUGCUCUGAAAAGUUUUCAUCUUGUGGCAAGAGACUUGUGGUUGUGAUCUGUUCAGCAUGUAUCUACUGUGACCCAUGUUGAUUUAAACUACCCACAGAUUUGAUGGACUUAGAAAAAUGUGAUUUGUAUCAAUACAAAAAUCACCGUAAAAGGUUGACAUUAGUAUAUACCGACUACUACAGUUACUCCUUCAGAGGCAUCUUCAAGGUAUUGAAAAGGAGACUAAGAUGAUAUAAAGCUGCUUUUGUGCUACUUCUCAAAAUAACUGAAAUUGUUUGCUUGAAAAGUUGGCACUCUUCUGGUUUUUUUUUCCCCUCCACUCUAAAAGUCAAUUUACUAAAAGAUUCUUUGGGGGCAUAUUCAGGGGAGUCCAAUUUGUUUGUGGCAGUGAUAGGCCUUUUCUCAUUUUCAUUUCUGUCAACUGUUACCUUGUGAAACAGAUUUGCAUUGACCUGCUGGCUUUAUUACCUUAGUCAGUCAGUAGAGGGCAACCCAGCUGCCAGGAAGAGUGAAGCAGCUUGGUUCUACAUCUUCACCAGAAGAUAAUAGCUGUUCCUGCUAAUUUCUAGCAAACAUCUAGCCAAGAGAGCAGAGGUGUUGACACACUGGAAAACUGCUUUAGAGAAGAGUCGUGGUUUUGGUUUGUUCUAUUGGGAAACAGAAGUAAUUUUAUAAAUUCUAGACAAAUGAAUCAUUGAACGCUUUCAAUCCUAUCAUUUAAUGAUUCUUGAGUCCCAGUGGUUAUAACUGUGGUAUUAAUCUCUCUUUUAUUUCUAUAGUGUCAAAAACAGUGAGUAAGCUUGGAAGCAUCUCUCAGUUUUUUAUAAUGUAUUUGCCAACUUGAAAAUGCUCAAAGAAUAAUUGGAAAAUAGCUAGAUUUUAUGCCAUGAAUAAAACUAUUUUUUUUUUACUGAUGCUGUUAAACUGAUAAUUGCUUUAAUAAGAUUUAACUUUUUCUUCGUUCUGUAUUAUAUUUGUGAUGCAGCAUUUUUAUAAAACAUUCUAAUAAAUUGAAUGGAAUGUUCAAACAGGAUCUAAGGUGUGUACAAGAAAUCUAAGUGUUCAUUUUCAAAGAUAAUGAGAAUGAUAUGAUUUUGUCAAAGACAAAGUCCUUUGAGUCCCAGAAUGUACUUUAUGGUUAAUGAUCUGCCAUACAUUAUCGUUAGGGAAUGCCAAGGAACAAUUCAGUUUAAGGUGAUGAAAUCAUGUUCAGUUCUCAUUUUCCAGUUGAGAACAAAUUUCUAAGCCCCCUUACAAAUGAUGUCCCUGUUUAAUAAAUUAAUGCAACUAGUAUUUAGCCCUGAAAUAAUACAGGUUGAAUUGUGUAAAUUUAUUUUGUAAGGUGAAUUAAGAAAUCAGUAUAUGUGUUGAAAGUUAGAAAGUAUAUUAUUUUCAGAUCAAAUAAGUUGAAUAUGGUGAAGAUCUGUUGUCUAGUUUUGUGCUCUUACAGUUUACUGAAGGAUGUAAAUAUAUUUAUCUAUAUGCAUUUGUAUUUAACAGAUGGCAAGAAUGUGUUUAACCUGUGUGUAUAUUAUGUUUGCUGCUAAGGUUUCAAAAUGAUAGACUGUUUACUUAAUUAAAACU